AUCUACACUCUCAUCACUCUACAAAUCCAUGGAACUUUCCCAGAUUCUUUGUUCCUAACCAAAUUUAUGUUAUGAAAAUCAAAAUCAGUUGCUUCUACGCCAAUCACGCUCGCAAAGCUCAAGAUUGCAUCUCCAAAUAAUUCAGCAUCGGCACUUUUGAUACUGUCUUCUUCCUCCGUCGUAGGCCCUCCUCUUCACCGCACGAAGUAUUUGAGGGUACGGAGAUUUUCUUCGAUCUGAUCUAAUUGUUUUCUGCAUUUCUCCCCCCGAUUUGAGUGGGCAAUUCGUUGACCUUUUGCGCAGAUUGGCGUGGAAAUGGGAAUAGUAUUUACGCGGCUGUUUUCGUCGCUGUUUGGGAACAAAGAAGCUCGGAUCCUGGUUCUCGGCCUUGACAAUGCCGGGAAAACCACGAUUCUUUAUCGACUCCAGAUGGGUGAAGUAGUAUCUACAAUUCCCACAAUUGGGUUCAAUGUGGAAACGGUGCAGUAUAACAACAUAAAGUUUCAAGUUUGGGAUCUAGGUGGCCAGACAAGUAUCAGGCCAUAUUGGAGAUGCUACUUCCCCAACACUCAAGCUAUAAUAUAUGUUGUUGAUUCAAGUGAUACAGAUAGGCUGGUGAUUGCCAAAGAAGAAUUCCAUGCAAUACUAGAGGAGGAGGAGCUUAAAGGUGCUGUCGUCCUCUUAUUUGCAAAUAAACAGGAUCUUCCCGGGGCACUUGAUGAUGCUGCAAUUACUGAAGCCUUGGAACUGCACAAGAUUAAGAACCGGCAAUGGUCUAUUUUCAAAACCUCUGCUAUAAAAGGAGAAGGCCUUUUUGAGGGCUUGGACUGGCUGAGUAAUACACUUAAAUCUGGAGGUGGCUAAGUAUGUGUACGAGAACAUGAUGUCAUUGUUGUCCAUCCUGAUCAAGAAAAAUACCGCAAUUGUCACUGGCAUGAUUUGUGUAGAGAUUCAAUUAGGAUGACUAUCUGCAGAUAGAGCUAUGUGUUGUUUUUUUGAUAAACAUGAAUAUGUAGCACGUUUUCUUCUUCUCAUUUCGAUAUCUUAUACGUUGGUCGACUUUCACAGUAAAUGACUCAUGCUGACAAGUUUUGGGUAUAUAUCCUUUUUUCUUGUC